CUGGAAGUCGAAUCAGGUCAAACACGGGCGAGUAGAUUCUGAGAAUGAAAAGGUGUGACGCGUCGAGGUAAUUGCAAGUUUAGUGCGUGUUUUGUGUACACAACGUAUGGAAGAAAUAGUCUUUUGUCCUAGUUAAACCAACGUAAGGAUUUGAAGUCGGUUUUAAAGUUACGCGCUGCACAAAAAAAGCGUCGGUGAAAUGGACGUGAAGCCUAUUUCCAUCACGAUGGACGCAGGCGCUGAAACUUCGGCUGCAUUUCCAGUAGUUUUAAAGAAAAUAAUGGAAACCCCUCCGCCGAAUCUUCUGGAAGGCGACGACGAAAAUGAUAAAGAGAAGCUGUUUGAGAGUGUGGAGUCUGGAGGGGUCAGUGAAAUGGGGCCUUCAGCCGCCUUAACGCCAGCCAUCUGGGAAAAGACCAUCCCCUAUGAUGGAGACACUUUCCACCUGGAGUACAUGGAUCUGGAGGAGUUUCUGAUGGAAAACGGCAUUCCUGCUGCAGAGAAUGAGCAAAAGAGCAGUGAGAAGGAAAACAUACAGCUGAUGGCAGAGGAACCAUCUACAACCUCUGCAGUUAAAACAGCCCCAGCAGUCACUCUGCUACCUGUCAUGGCACUGGAUCCUUGUGAAGAGGAAGUGGUCACAAUCACCACAUCCAGCUUGAGCUCAGCAGACAACAAAGCAGAAGAGAACCGGAUGACACCAGAUCCCAUUAAUCCAGAUGAAAUCGAGGUAGACGUGAACUUCGAGCCAGAUCCCACAGACCUCGUGCUCUCCAGCAUUCCUGGAGGCGAACUUUUCGAUCCCCGCAAACAUCGCUUCUCCGAGGAGGAGCUGAAGCCGCAGCCUAUGAUCAAAAAGGCGAAGAAAGUGUUUGUGCCUGAGGAUCAGAAGGAUGAGAAAUACUGGCAGCGGAGGAAGAAGAACAAUGUUGCAGCCAAACGUUCACGGGAUGCCAGGCGUCUGAAAGAGAAUCAGAUCACAGUUCGAGCAGCAUUUCUGGAGAGGGAAAACUCAGCGCUCAGACAGGAAGUGGCAGAGUUGCGCAAGGACUUUGGGCGCUGCAAGAACACAGUGGCACGAUAUGAAGCCAAAUACGGACUGCUCAGACCGGAAGAAGACAUCUGAGCAGUUAUUGAUUCAUUUGCAUUGUUGAAAGGCAAUAAAUGAAUAAUAGUUUGGAACAAAGAGGAGAAGACAGGAUAGAUUCAGGUGAAUGAUUCAGACUGUAGAGCUAAGUGACGAUCAUGUGCUUAGCAACCUGGUCAACAGCUCUUUUUCUUUCAUUUUAAUGCAAUGGCAUACCCAAUAUAUUCUUCUGAGCUUUGAAGUGCUUUACACCAAUGUAGAAACAAAGGUCUUCCUCAUUUGCUCGUUUACAGGUUUUAUGGCAUCAAAGUAGUUUUAGGGAAUAACGUGCACUAGAAGUCAAAAGUCUGCAUUCAUAAACAACGACUUCAUUUGUUUUCAGUGUACUUUCAUAUGUAUGAGUGUGAACUGUAAAAGAGGCGAUUAUAGAAAUAUGAGGAGUUUGAAUUGCAUUUAAAGAAUUACAGAUUAACCUAAACAACAAAACUGUUGGCUGGAAAUGUAAAUAUAUCAUGUCUGUAAAAAAAAAAGGUUUUGUCUGUCUUUAACUUGACGUGAGCAGAAAACUUUAGAUACAGUCUGUCAAAGCAAGUCUGUAGAUCUUUUAAAAUCUUAAUUUGUUUACUUCAGGAUGGUAGUUCGCCUUUUUCUGGGACUCAUGGAGGUCAGUUUAUGUACAGAAAUACCACGCUGUACACGUGACCUGGUCUUGUAUAUGUAUUUAGGGCAAAUCAAAUGAAGUGCUUAUAUAAAGGAUUUCUUUUUCAUUUGUAUCAUAGGAUAUAUUUUUUUCAGAUAACUAUCAAAUAUUUAACAAAAGUUUUUUUGCAGUGAUAAGGAGGAUCCAUACGUGUCUUGAGCAGCAUGACUGUUUAUAAAAGCACCAGUGUGUUACAUAUCAGAAACCAAAUGCAAACCUCUGCUUGCCACCUUCCUGCUUUUUCAUUUUAGGCACACAUUUAGUCUCUGUCCUUUUUUAUCAUCAGGGAAAGAAGAUAAAGGGUCAGGUCUUAAGUGUCACAAAGUCAUGUCUUUUGCUCUGUGUAUUGUCAUGAAGUAGAAGUUCGGCUGGAAGUUUAAUGUCAGUACUCAAUGUGAGGCCCAUUUGUCCUUUUUUUCAUGUGUUUUUUUCAGAAUGGCAGUUGCUGUAAUGUGAGCUUGACCAAAGCUAAUUUGAUUAAAAAUCUGAAGCUUUUUUGUGGCUAGUACACAAUGACUUAACUUAAAUCAGGCUUGCAGUCUGUAGAAACUCUUUAAAAGCGUACCUUCAGUUUGUCGUUUCUCCUCAAGCUUUCUUUCUAAGUGUAAGAUGAGAAAGCAAAUGCAGGCUGUUCUGAAAGGAACCGUGACUAACUCUGAUAUGAAUCUUGGUUGAAUAUGUAGUAAUUUGUUCAUGUACAAAAAAAUCUUUUUCUAAUUGUCCGUUUCGGAAGUCUUUUCUUUUUGGAUUGUCUUUUAAAUGUUUUUGACUUGUAAAUGUUGUUGAAUGUCUUGGUUUCAUGUUGUACAUAUUAUUAAAAAAUUGAUUUGUUUUA